AACAAUUGAAUGAGAGGAGGAAGUGCAACUUUUGGAAAGUCACCCUGAUUAAAGUACAUAUGCUACCUGUUUUAACGCAGAGAAUUGGCAAUGCCUUCCCUGAGAAGCAGGAAAUCACCAAAACAGGAUGCCAUUGAACAUGCUUUAAUGGGUCUGGAUAAGACUCUCGAGUUGGAGAAGAAGUACAUCAGUUCUUUUAAAGGUCGAGGAGUAUUUACCAAAGCCCCUUUCAGGAAAGAAGAUUUUGUGGUGGAGUACAGAGGAGAAUUAAUAGAUUGGGAUGAAUCCCAAAAGAGAAAGAUGGACUAUGGAACAGGAAGAGUCUUUGUCUUUGAUUUCCGCUGGCAAGAAAAAACUUGGUGCAUUGAUGCUGCCAAAGAAGAUGACAGUCUCGGAAGACUGGUCAAUGAUGACCACAAGCACCCAAAUUGUAAAAUGAAGAUGAUUGUGACAGAGGGCAAGCCUCACCUGUGUUUAUUUGCACAAAGAGACCUUGACAUUGGUGAAGAGAUAACUUAUGACUAUGGACCAGCGGACUGGCCUUGGAGGAAAAAGGACAAAGGACAAUCGACUGUGACGAAAACUGCUGAGAGUGAAAUUUCCAGGACCAGAGAGCAGCCUCCACAAUCUAAAGACUCGGAUAUGGAGGUUGGAGGAAGCCAUUCCACUGUGACUGAAUAUUCUGAGGUUGGGGUCUCCAGAACCAGAGAGCAACAGUCUCCGAAAUCUACACACGCUGCAAUCCAGCCCAGCCCUGCUUAG